AUGGCUUUUGCCAGCCGAAUCCUUAUUGUUCUGCUUUUAACCAGUGCAGUCAGCGCACAAAACGCAACAGAUGGAAAUAGUGCCGUGACUUGGCAACCUUGGUUGACGGGAUUCACUGCUGUUACCGUGUUCCUCUUUAUUGUCUUUGCUUCAUUGAUCAUUAAGAGAACCUUUUGUGCAAGGGAAAAUGAAGAGCACGGCAUUAACCCAGAGAAAGGUAGAAGGAACACAGGGAACGAUGACUCUAGCUCUAACUCAAGCAUUGAGGAAAGAACUUUGGCAUUCAAGGGUCACACUAACCCAACAAUGACCGAGAACACAGAGACCAACUUCUGAGAUGCUGUCACUGGAAUCUGAUGGAUGAAUUCAUUGAAUGAGAGAAGAUUAUUUUCCUCUGAAAAUAUAAAGGAACAGUUCAGUGAUGGUAGCUUUUACCCCUCCAUUCCUGUAAUAAGUACAAAGAUUCAGAAAUUCAAAGUACAUCCACUUUCGAAGUAUGGGUGCAGUAUAGAACUGCAAGAUUUGUGUUCCCACAGACAGCCACAAAACAAAGUAAAAAAAGCCAUGGUACUCUUUCAAAGAGAAACAUCAAACUCCCAACACGCAAAAAAAAAAGAAAAUAUUAUACAAACGGCAAAAAAAUAUAAAAUCUGUAUAGGUAGCAAGAGACCAGCGAGCAUUUAAAACAGAAUUUACUUUCUGAUGAGUGUUAUUCUUUUCAGGAGGUGUGGCUGUUUAAAAUGCUACAGAUAAAUUAUAAUGGAAAUCUGAACUAAUAAUGAGACCACUUGAAUAAGGCUUGUAUCACAUGGAUGGCAAUUUGGGAUUCAGUGUUAAUUUGCAUCUAUUAAAUAUUAAUGAAAUACAACACAAUGAUGCAUUGAUGUAAAAGCUAAUCUUUCAAAGAGUAAGAAUAACUUGUUUCUACUGAAUCUAAUUUCUCUGCUUUUGAUUGUAUAAUCGUGGAUUGUUGUUUCAGUGUUAUUAAAAAUAAACUCCUUCUUUGUGAAACCACUUGAAUGUCUCACGUUCACCAAUUUAGCACCACGCUAGCAUAGCAGUUAUCAUGACACUGUUACGGCUCAUGGCGUUCUAGAGUUUAGGGUUCAGUUAUGGUGCUGUCUGGAAGAAGUUUGUACGUUCCGCCUGUGACCCCGUGGGAUGCUCCGGUUUCCCCGCACCGUCUAAAGACGAAACAGUUGCUAGGUUGGUAGGUCAUUGCAAAUUGUCCUGUGAUUAGAUUCAGGUUAAAUCCGUGGGUUGCUGGGCGAUGCAGCUCGAAGGGCUGGAAGGGCCUAUUCCAUACUGCAUCU